AAAAACACAAAAAAAGUUCAGUUAAGAGCCGCUUGUGGCCAACGGUGGAGCACAGUUUCGUAGCAUUUGGCGAGCCGUUUGGUCGGACAUCGGAAUCGGCAUCGUCGGACAUCGGACAUCGGGGCUAAGCUAAGUCCAAGUCCAGCGUUAAACCCGUCGGACAGACGUCGGACAUCGUGUCGCUGUGCGGUGCGCUGUGGUGCGGUUCGGUUCGGUGGAGAGAAGCUUACAAAGAGAGGAGAGGGACUCCGUUUCGCAAAGAGAGGCAGAGAGAGAGGGAGAGGACGCCUUUGAAGAGAGGAAGAGAUCGCUUUGGCGAGGGACUCUCCUCCGAAGAGAGCGGGAGAGCGACAUGCGACGACGCCGUCGUGGCCGCUGCUGUCAAUGACGAAACAGCGACGAAACAUACAACAAAAAGCCAAGCAAAAACAAUAUUCGCGUACAAAAUCAAUCAGCAAGCAAUUCGGAUACGGCCUUCCCCCCACAGCAAAAGAUACAGAUACACUCCACACGAGUAGAAGUGUGGCCGAAAACCAAGAGCCGCCCCAAUGACCGUCUCGUACGCGGGCGAAGUGCCGAAUGGCAGCAGUUUCGGCUGCUUCUGGAAGAUCCUAUGGAAAUGGCGCGGCAGUGUCUACAAACUGAUCUGGCGCGAAUUGGUCGCGUAUCUGUGCCUCUACUACACCAUAAAUGUUAUCUAUAGAUUCGCCCUGACCGCCAACCAACAGGCGAUCUUCAACAAAAUCCGGCAGUACUUCGGACAGCAGGGCGAGAGCAUACCCAUGUCCUUCGUGCUCGGCUUCUACGUGAACCUCGUGGUGAAACGCUGGUGGGAACAGUACCGCCUGCUGCCCUGGCCCGACACGCUGGCCCUCUUCAUCAGCGCCGCCAUCUCCAAUGCCAACGGCGGAGUAAACAACGAAACGGGUCGCCUGAUGCGCAGGAAUAUCAUGCGGUACAUGGUCCUGGCCUACGUCAUCACUCUGCAGCGCAUCUCGCUGCGUGUGAAGCGGCGCUUCCCCACCACCCAGCACCUGGUGGACGCCGGCCUCAUGCACGAGUCCGAGAUGAAGAUCUUCGAGGCCCUGAACGCCAAGAGCCCCAUGUCCAAGUACUGGAUGCCGCUCGUCUGGGCCACGAACAUCAUCAAUCGGGCGCGAAAGGACGGCCUCAUCGCCUCCGACCACAUCGUGCAGACGAUUCUCGUCGAACUAUCGGAUAUUCGUAGGCGUCUGGGUGGCCUCAUCGGCUACGACACGGUCUGUGUUCCUUUGGUCUACACGCAGGUGGUCACCCUCGUGCUGUAUACCUACUUUAUUGCCGCCCUUCUGGGGCGACAAAUGCUCCCGAACGUCCUGGAUCGCAAUGGACGCGAGGACCCCGAUUUGUACUUUCCGCUUUUCACCGUCCUGCAGUUCGUCUUCUAUGUGGGCUGGCUGAAGGUGGCCGAGGUGCUGAUCAAUCCCUUUGGCGAGGAUGACGAUGACAUAGAACUCAAUUGGCUGAUCGAUCGCCACAUAAAGGCCGCCUACAUGAUUGUCGAUGAGAUGCACGAGGAGCAUCCGGAGCUGCUGCGCGACCAGUACUGGGAGUGCGUCGUCCCCAAGGACCUGCCCUACACGGUGGCCUCCGAGCACUACCGCAAGGACGAGCCCAAGGGAUCCGCGGAGAAGUACAAGGUGAAGAAGGAGGACGCGAUGUACGCGAACAUAAUGCCCGGCGGGGGCGGCGGAGGCAAGCGAAUGCUCAGCGACGAUGUCUAUGCGGACUACGAGAGCGUCGACACGCCGAUGGUGGAGCGCCGGAAGAACAACUGGCUCGUGCGGCAGCUGUCGCGCAUGGGCUCGAUGCGGAGCCAAUCGACGGCCUACUCCUCGGGCGGCAUGCCGUUCAAUCGGCAUCGCCUCAACUCGGUCUACUCCAGCCCCGAGUCGGGCCUGCCCCUGACGAUCCUCCAGCAGCAGCAGCUCCAACAGCAGCAGCAGCAGCAGCACCAGCAGCAGCAGCUCCCGUCGAUGGGGGGCUCCCAGUCGCAGCAGAAGUCGAGCCUCUACGGGAAGUUUGUGCAUCGCAAGUCGAUACGCGCCCAAAGGCAGUUGAUAAAGCAAAAUUCAAAGCUAAAUGGCCUGAAUGUGAAUGUGGCCAAGACACGGCCGCGGAUCCCCACUCCGGAGGUGGCAAAAGACGGCAGCACGAAUCCAGCCUCUAGUGCCGUCAUAAUGGCGCCAUCACAACACCAAAGCGCACCACAGCAGCCCCCGCAACAGGCACAGGGAGGGGCGCACCACGUGUACCCCUCCUCCUACACCACAACCAACACCACGAGCACCAGUACGGGAAUGGGGGCAAUGGGGGGAAUCGGGGGCAUGGGCAUGGGCAUGGGCAUGGGGAUGGGCAUGGGCAUGGGCAUGGGAGGGGGCAUGCAUCUGGGGCACGAUGGCGGCGGACAGGUGCUGGGCACGCUCCUCCUGUCGCCCAUCAAAGAGAUGGACAGCUCCUCAUCGAAUAACACUCUGAUUCCAGGACACCCAGCCACAGCGGCCCUGGCGCAGGCCAUCAACAUGAAGGAUGGCUUUCCAGCAGUCAGCACCCUUUCUGCUGCCACGAACAUCACGACGCUGUCGUUUCCCUUCACGAUGGCCAACAGCAGCGGCGGCGGGGACACCAUUCCCACGGGGACCCUGAGCAUCCUUCCCAUCGCGGCGAACGCCCAGCUGCCGACCAUCACGACAACGGCCAGUGGCUACGAGCCCAAUGACGUCAUCACCACGAUCCCCGUCUCGCUCUCCAUUCAGCGCUCCCCCUCGUCCCUGUCCAUCGUGGACCUGGGCCAGGAUCAGGACGGCUACAGCAACAGUGGCUCCAGCAACGGCAUGACCGUGGGACCGGGAGCGGGCGGCGGCAUCACCACCACAGCCCUCCUGUCCGUGAAGCCCCUGAACGGCAGCGGCAGCGGCAGCGGCAACGGCAACGGCAACAUUUCGCGGAACAACAGCUUCAGUCUGAGCUUCAACCUGCAGGACCCCACAGUGCGGUCCUCGGUGCGUUCGGCAGGAGCCCCCACAGUGGAUACGGUGGACAACUCUUCAUCCGGUGGCGCGAUCGCCCUGCCCCAGAGCGGCGCCACGGCAACGGCCACGGCCACGAGUGCUCCCUCAACCCUCGCCAAACACAGUCCCGAGGCCAAGACAGGAGAGGUCUAUGUCUGAGCGGAGGAACAGGACACCUACUCCGACCCAUCCACUGGAUUAUAGCUUUCGUCGUAGGUUUAAGCACCCCCUUCCAGAACCACUGAUACGAUAUUAUCAUCUAGGAAAGAGAACAAAACAAGAGUAAUCCUCUCUUCGGAUUGUACAUACAUAUGCACACAUCAAUAUACACACAUACAUGUAUAGCCCACAGACGGAUCGUAUCGUAAUGGAUCGUAAUAUCGUACGGCACACGCGAGUCUUUCUCGAUAGUUGGGCGAAUAAAUUACGAAUAAAAUCUUUACCAAGAGAAUCUCCACUAUA